GAGGCGUGUUCUGCAAGAUGAUGACCUAAAAUAUCGGUAGAGGCGUGUUCUGCAAGAUGAUGACCUAAAAUAUCGGUAGAGGCGUGUUCUGCAAGAUGAUGACCUAAAAUGUUCAUCUUGCCCACUAUCAUCUAUUCGCCCACAUUCAUUGACUCUCAUCUUCAAUGAUUUUUUUGUUCGUUUUAAAUUUGGAGAGUCUUUGUCUUGUAGUUGAUCGUGAUGAACCCACGCGAUUUAGGAUAAGCAAUGGGAUUCAAAGUCUUCCUAAUGAAAUUAUCUUUAAUUAGUCGGAAGCAUUUACAUUAUUCUGGCUGUGCCACUGCCCUCUGUCCUUCGGAUUUCUAUUCUGCUUUGAAAGAUGAGGAGAAUCGACUCUUUUAUUUUCCCUAUUGCUGCUAUUGUCAGUGUCUUCCUUAAAUCAUCUUCUGUAUUUCUACAAUCAUCUGCUCUGCCUUCUACAACGGCAUAUGGAGGCACCACAUGGACAAAUAAUGUCCAGUCUUUAGAGUCAUGGACACCUCAAUCAGUUGGCCUAAGUGCAGUCACAGUCAGACCUGUUCUUCUCUCCAACAAUAUCUCAUAUGGCGGUGAGAACCUGAGGUUUGGAUGUGGAUUCUUCUGCUUCUCUAUUCCUUGUCAAACGGGUUACUCUUUUGCAGUUUUCUUUGUUAUCUACCAGACUGAUUAUACUGAUCCAGAUGACCUGCAAAUGGUCUGGACUGCAAACAGAGAGAGUUUAGUACAAGACAACGCGACCCUUGGACUCACCUCCACUGGGAAUCUUGUCUUGAAGGAUGCAGAUGGCAGUUUGGUCUGGUCUACAAAUACAUCCUCCAAAGAUUUUCAAGGAAUAAUGAUCGAAGAAACGGGGAAUUUAGUGCUCUUGAACAGCUCCAAUGGAACCAUGUGGCAGUCUUUCGACUAUCCUGCUGAUACGCUCCUGCUAGGCCAGAAGUUUAAGUUGGACCAGAAACUUAUUGCAAAUUUUUCUCCGACCAAUACAAGUCAAGGAUUUUACUACGGAUCCUUGAAAGUGGACGGCUUUGCUAUGUAUACGGCCCCUGCGCCCGCUCAAAUGUAUUUUAGGUAUCCACGGGAACCCACAACUGUUAUAAUAGCCUAUAUACAGUUGGAUAAUGAGACGCUCAGUUUCUAUCCUGUGGGAUAUCCAUCGAUUCCCAUUGUAGUGAGCCUUCCUAUACCUAAAAAUUGCCUCUACUUUAAGAUAGAUUCAGAUGGGCAUUUGCAGUUCUAUUCGUUCCAACCAACAACUGGAAAGUCUGUUACUGACUAUUUGACAAGCUUUACUAGUGCAUUAACUAUAUGUGGGUAUCCAAGAAUUUGUGGGGACUACGGUGUCUGCAACGAUGGUCAUUGCAGCUGUCCAGAAGAGGGUAACGCUUUUACUCAGAUUAAUGCCUCCAACCCCAGUUCGGGCUGUGUUCCACUUAGUCCUCUAGUCUGUCCAGAGAAGUCCGCAAUCAGUAGCCGUCAACAAGAUUAUGAGUUGUUGGAGAUUGAUCAUGCUUCGUAUUUCACUUAUGCUUCGUAUUUCACUUAUUCCUAUGGAAAUGCGUCUAUCACAGAGUUGGUUUCAAGAGAUGAAUGUAAAACUCUUUGUCUCAAAAAUUGCACCUGCAAAGCUGCUUUUUUCAGGUAUGGCAUCUUUGGCAAUAGUUCUAGUGGUUAUUGUUAUCUGGAGGCCAAAGUUUACUCUCUGCAAAUGAAUACUGCAAGAGAUACCUUUUACAAUUCCACUGCUUAUAUCAAAUUUCAGGGGAUCUCGAAGCGUGCUAAUCGCUCAACUAUAGUUAUCAGUAUUACUGUUUGUGGUGGAUUGGUUGUGCUGUUUCUCUUAUUGGGGGCAUGGAUGGCGAAAUCUGGAAAAUGCAAUAAAAAGGAGAAAAGUGAUGAGCGUGAGGAUGAGGACGCUUCUGGAAACUGGCCAGCUGCAUUAACUUUUCGUUUCUCAUUCGGCGAAUUGGCAAAUGCUACAAACAAUUUCAGCACGAAGCUUGGUAGCGGGGGAUUCGGGUCUAUUUAUGAGGGCGUUCUGUCUGAUGGCACAAAGAUUGCAGUGAAGCGGCUUGACAGAGCAGGACAAGGAACAAAAGAGUUUAAAGCAGAGGUAGAAACGGUAGGCAGAAUUCAUCAUCUUAAUCUGGUAAGUUUGAAGGGCUUUUGUGCUGAGAAAUCCCAUCGAAUGCUCGUCUAUGAGUAUCAACCAAAUGGGUCUCUUGAGAAAUGGAUAUUUCCCAAGGAUACCGAUCGAUAUGUGCUGGAUUGGAAGACCAGAUCUAAAGUAGCUCUUCAUAUAGCACGGGGUUUGGCCUACUUACAUGAAGAGUGUGAACAGAGAAUUAUUCAUUUCGACAUCAAACCCCAAAACAUUCUCCUGGAUGAGCAUUUCAAUGCCAAGGUCUCAGAUUUUGGGCUUGCAAAGUUGACUAACAGAGAGCAAAGUGAAGUGAUAACUAUGUUGAGAGGAACGCCCGGUUAUAUGGCUCCUGAAUUGUUGAAUAUGCAUAUUACAGAGAAGGCAGAUAUAUAUAGCUUUGGUGUUAUGUUGGUUGAGAUUGUGAGCGGUAAAAGAAGCAGAGAGCUUACUGAGUUCCGCUUGUUCUCAGUAUUACAGAUGAAAGCCGAAGAAGGGAGAUUAGCAGAUUUGUUAGAUUCAAGGCUUGAAGAUGAAGCGGAUGUCGUGAAGGAAGAGGCAACUAAAAUGUUAGGAGUAGGGAUGUUGUGUAUACAGGAUGACUUUAUGAGCCGGCCAGUGAUGUCAAGUGUAGUAAGGAUACUGGAAGGGACGGCAGAGUUGGGCAGUUUCCCAUUUUCUUCGUCCACUGCUUCGGACCACUCAGUCCCGCUCUUAUCCGAACUCUCGUACACCGCAGAGUCUUCUACAUUAGCUGGAAAAUGAUUCCAUAUUUUGAUUGAUUUGAUUUUAGAAAUAUUGUUCAGUACGUACCCUUCAAUUAUUGUACUCGAUAAAGUCAUUUAUAAUUACAUUGAGAAACAUCUAACUAGCAUAUUUAUAUAUAUUUUAAA